UAUUGGAGAAAAAUGUGGUUGCAUUUGCAUUGGAUUGAUCCGGUGAGGUAGCGAAAAGCAGCAACCGCCAUCCGCGGUGGUGUGCCGCUGAUGGCGAACUCAGCGUCACCGACGCAAGGGGCUUCGACGGUGGUGGCUGUGGACCGAGACAAGAACAGCCAACACGCCCUGCGAUGGGCCCUCGACAAUUUGAGGUUGAUGGAGAAGAUCAUCGUCCUCGUUCAUGUCGCCACCUUUCAACAUGAAUCAGAGGAGGAUAGUGAAAUGCAACAGAUGUUCCUCCCUUUUCGCGUCAUUUGCGCACGUAAAGGCGUUCGGACCAAGGAGGUGAUCCUCCACAACCAGGACAUCGCGGGCGCAUUGUCCGACUUCCUUAGCUCCCACUCCAUCAAGAACAUAGUCCUCGGUGCUUCCAGCCGAGGCACCAUAUCAAGGGCAUUUAGGCAUGGAGAUGUGGCUACAUUUGUAGGAAAAUUAGCACCACAUUUUUGCUCCGUAUACUCCGUAUCUAAGGCCAAAGUUAACAGAAUCAAGUCCCUGACUGACCCUGCCCCUGUCCCCGCCUCCGGCCCCUUUCAUGGAUACGAGGAUACAGAAUAUCAACCAAGUAGCCCCUCGGAGAUGUCUAUAGCCAGUACAGCACCUUCCCCUGCAUACUCCAUGACCAGCAGCCAGUGUUCCACUCCACUGAUUAGGGCCAAGGCGCUUCAGCGCCUCCCCGCGGGGAACUUGUCACACCACUCUGCGUACUCGACUAAUCAAAACAGCUAUACCUCCAAUAUCUCCUAUGAGUUUCUAGACGAACCCGAUGCAUCCUCCAAUGUAGAUACGGAUCUGGAAGAGGAGCUCAAUAGAGUGAAACUAGAGCUGGAAAAGAUCAAAGAAAAGUACAAUGCAGCUUGCCUAACUAAGGAAAAAGACAUUGCAGAAAUCAGAAGAACAGAAGAUGCAGUACAACGGAAGAAGAAGGCGCAGCGCAAAGUGGCGGAUUCGGAGAAAGUAGUUGAUGCAUUGGAAUACAACUUGGGUCGAUGCAGAAGGUAUUCGGGUGAUGAGAUAGAAGCUGCAACCAACAACUUCACCUCCCAUAAGAUCGGCCAAGGCAGCUACGGACCCGUGUAUAGAGCCACCAUCGAUAACACGCCCGUUGCCAUCAAGAUUCUCAAAUCCAACAUACCAGAUGCCCUAGACCAGUUCCACCAAGAGGUGGACGUACUUACCCGGUUGAGGCAUCCCAACAUGGUCAUCCUCAUGGGAGCCUGCCCCCAAUACGGCUGCCUCGUCUACGAGUACAUGGAAAACGGCUCCCUCGAAGACCGCCUUUCCUGCAAAGAUGGCUCUCCACCCCUGCCAUGCCUCACGCGCUUCUCAAUCGCUGCAGAGAUCGCAACCGGUCUCAACUUCCUCCACCAGGCGAGGCCACAGCCACUGGUCCACCGUGACCUCAAGCCCGGGAACAUCCUCCUCGACAGGAACUACGUGAGCAAGAUCAGCGACGUGGGACUGUCCAGGCUCAUCCCUGCAGCCGAAGCCGACAACAUGACUCAAUACAGAGUGACAGCAGCUGCGGGGACUUUCUGCUACAUCGAUCCCGAGUAUCAACAGACGGGGCUGCUCGGGACCAAAUCGGACGUCUACUCCUUAGGAAUCAUCUUGCUGCAGAUCAUCACUGCCAGGCCUCCAAUGGGCUUGACACAUCUAGUUGACACAGCAAUCCAAAACGAGCGAUUCACGGAUAUUCUUGACCCUCGAGUUAAAGACUGGCCAGUUCAGGAGGCUCUGGAGCUGGCAAAAUUGGCCUUGCAAUGCAGUGAGCUCAGGAGGCGGGACCGACCGGACCUUGCAACCGUCGUCUUGCCAGAGCUUGUGCGUCUGAUGAAUGUGACAUCAAAGCUCAAACCUGGAAGGAGAAUGAGUCAGCCUCGGGGAAUUGCGAAACUCAAAGGCGGCAGGUUGAUUAAUGCAAUGGAGGGAUAGUGAAGUUCACCAAGAUAUGAAUGUAUGAGUGAUUUUUGCAACUUAAUUUCUCACUCAAAACAUUACUUAGAUGUUCAUGUCAGACAUA